AUCGUGCACACAUCAUCAGCAACGUUUGCUGAACCAAUAACAGUUUGACAGCCUUCCACCACUCGCUGACCACGCCCACUUAACGCCAACUCUUAACCAAAUCCGCAAACCUUUCCUGUAACUGGCUAAUCAAUCAUAUUUCACUCGUUCCCCUAAAAGAACGAAUAGGGAAAACAGAAAAGACGACUUGAUGAUAUUGUCUUUUUUUGCCGCAAAUGCAAUAUCGGCCGCCGAUACUGCCGUCUACGCAGCACUCCGACCCUGUGUGCUGCGCCGAUGCGCGGAGGCGUUCACGGCCUGACAACGCCUGUUGCAUUCGGGAGGUUCGCAUGAAUGGGCCCUUUACAUUGUAACCAAAACACGCGACCAUUGUCCGCCGUUGUUGACCAGCGCCCUUUCGAAUGUAAUUAAUAACACCUUAUCAGGUUUAAAUUGACGGGCCAGGCACGGGGGACGACAGUCUAAAUCCCGGGCACCGGAUCCGAUGGCUCGUGGUUGAACGAUCGCUCCGGGGCACGAUUAACACCGAGAACUUUACCUCCCCUUUUUUUCGACGAGGGAAGAGCGUACGCCUCUAACAUCGCUCCGGGCGACAAGGCGCGGACGACGGCCAGACUUUUUUCAGUUUGAUCGGCAAGCUGGCAUGCAUUUCGGAGUUGACGCCGGUUUCAACCAACUCGGUGGUAUGUUUGCCAACGGGCGCCCCUUACCGGAGACAAUGCGUCACCGCAUCAUCGAGAUGGCUCACUGUGGGGCUCGACCUUGCGACAUAUCCCGGCAACUGCUGGUGUCUCAUGGCUGCGUUAAUAAGAUCUUGGGUCGAUUUCUGGAAACCGGCUCUGUUCGUCCUGGAACCAUAGGAGGGAGUAAACCUAAAGUGGCCACACCCACCGUCGUGGAGAAAAUCGAGCGGUACAAGCAAGAGAACCCAACCAUCUUCGCCUGGGAAAUCCGAGACAAGCUCAUCUCGGAAGGUGUCUGCACCACUUCAACGGUGCCCAGCGUCAGCUCCAUCAACCGUAUUCUGCGCAAUCGCGCCGCCGAGCGCGCAGCCGCCGAGUACGCCCGGGCCACUGAACAGGCAUACCUGAGUGACUACGCCACCGCGUGGACCCACUAUGCCCCGCCCUAUGCUAUUGGACCCGGCAUGAGGAUCACUGACAGGAGGCUUGAUCCACGGCAGACACUGAGAGCGUGUUGUUCCGGCUUCCUGUGUGGUUCGCCCUAUGGAACGUAUCCUCCGAGUAUCCUACCGUCUUCCAACUCACCCUCGCCUUUGGCUACUGAGAGCCAAAGCGAUGUGCCCUUCUCUGCCUCGUCUUCCUCGGCCAGUCCAAGGCCCCGCUCCCCUUCGCCAGCGACGCCCGUCUCCUCCUCGGAGAGCAAGGUCUAUCAGCCCGAGUUGGAUCCCUCCCCUUACAGGGACGCGAUCAGUGAAGAGCAAAGACGGAAGCUUCGACGGAGUAGGACCACUUUCACCCCUGAACAGAUCGAGAUUCUUGAGAAAGAAUUCGAGAAAUCGCACUACCCUUGCGUCUCUACCCGAGAGGACCUGGCAAACAAGACAACGCUCUCCGAAGCUCGGGUACAGGUGUGGUUUUCCAAUCGCCGGGCCAAAUGGCGCCGCCACAAGAAGAUAGGCAGCCUCCAGUCGCAUGCGGGCCCUCUGCUAUCCCAUCCUUCGCACAAUACCCUGUACCCUACGUCGGUGGCCCUGCCGCGCGCCUACAAGGCGGUGGAGCUGGGGGGCGGGAAGGCCACGCUCCGGCCGUCCAUGUCGUCAGCCUUCACGCCGCUCAGUCUAGCCAAGGCCACGGCUGCGGCCUCGUCAGCCUCGUCCAGUGGCUCUCCCUAGUGCUGCCCCCCUCCGUUUUACUGACAGAAGGCGUUCCGCAGCUUGUGUGUAGCUAUGAGUUGGGUCAUCUCCACUGAGAGGCGGUCACGGGAUUAGACUGAAGUUGUCAUUGCUGUAUAUAAUUUUACCGCAUAUGAAAAAACCCAUAUCUGAGUUUUGGGUAAUGUAACCCUAAACACAUCCGCUUUGCAAGGCCUGAUCUGUGCAGUUAAUGCCUUCAGCUUAUUGGCAAAAAAAGUAAACUGCAAUGCGCUUCCAUAGUAGCAUAACGGUCAACUUAUCGCCUAAAGUGCAACGUAGGACUUUAAGGCUAAUCAGGAAUUCUUGGCUGAGUAAGAGGGCGCUCUCCAUUUUUUCUGUAUUUGAAUAUUUCGUUGCCAUUAAAAUUGUGAAGGGAAUGUGUAAACCUGUUUUAGCUGUGAAUGUUGUUUUCAACAACAAUGUGUUUUUGGAAGGCAGGCCAGAAUACAAGAAAGUGAACCAUACAUCACCUGCUAUUUGUCAGCCAACCACCCGUAAGGUGGAGUUUUAAAUCUACUUUCACAACCAUUGAAAUAGUGUAUUUUUAACGCCCCUAAGAGAAAAGGCUGAGGUUAACCAGUAGUAAUCCAACUAAAGUGAUGUGCCUAUACGACAUCGUAAAUUGCACAAUUUUUAUCCACUGAACUAUCGCAUAUUGACCCUACGAAACGCUCUUCCCCAUCACUCUCUUACUUAACUUACUUAGCGAACAAUUAUCAGGGAAGGUAACUUGAUAACAUUGUACCAAGAUAAUUCAACACAAUGUUUUAUUAAUAUGCGCCACCGAAAGCAAAGCCGCUACUUGUAAUAUGCAGGCAGAGCAAUGAUUUAAUAAUCGGCAGCGUUAAAUCUGCAAACAAUAAUAGUUAAAUACAUUACUUACUUUUAUAUUGUUUAGCUAAUGAAACUAACUUUUAAAAUAAAUUAGCACAUAGUAAAGUAAUAAAAAAUGUAUUCUGUGUUGAGUAUACCCGCUGCUGAUAUAUUUAGGUCGUUUCAAAGGCCUGUUAUGAAGUCUAUUAAUCUUUAUCUAGUAAACUACAAAGUUGUAGAGACGAACGCAAUGUGACGUAAAGUACUACACGCAUGAUGACAACACUAUACGCAGGCCUAACUUUAAACAUGUUUUUUUUCUCUCAACUGUACAACAUGCAUAUUUCAAUUGAUGAAAAAAGGAAACACAGUAGCAAGUAAGUGAACAGAGAGCCCACAUGGUGGGCCCUCCCCGGUGAUAAUAUGUUUUCUCUUUGAAUUCAGUGAUAGCACACAAAAGGUCAUCACGUGUAUUGUCACAGAGGAUCAAAGAUCUGUCCUCGAUGAGGGCGCACAGUACAGACUGUGCAUAAUGCCUUUCCCUGGCCUACAUAUUUUGAUGCCAAAUUAGUUUCCUUCACAGAAUGUUGAUGUGGGUCGUAGAUACUUGGCAUUAUCCGCUUCAUGGCUUAUACUAUCAUGGUAUUCAGUGUGCAGUGAAUUGUAGGUCAUGGUUCAGCAAGUUCGCGUUUUGUUAAAACCAGCAAAACGUGAAUGAUGCGCCCAUACACUGAAGCUAACCUGAGUUGGUUUUAAGUAUAAAGUGAAGUCAUUAUUGCUUCUGAAGUAUACCAUUGCGAUCAGUUAUAUCUUUUUGUAAUUUUAACAAGUUUGCCAAACUAGCUGUAUUUUUUUGGUGCAACUCUGUGCAAUAAAAGGUGAAUACUUUGUAUUAAAGCUCA